UUGGCUGCGGUGCAGUUGAAAGUGAAAACAAAAUUAUGUUUAAUUAAAAUGCCUUAGUAACAUCCGGUAUCUUAUGAGGAAAGCAUUUUCAGAGGCAUCGUGGAAGUGGUUUGUCUUUGUGCACAAAUUCAGUGGCUAGUUUAGCCAUUUGAAGGAGCUAAGUUAGCUAACUUUUUCAGCUGACUGCCGUGAGCUCAUUUUGAUAAUCUAAACAAAACAGCAGUCUAAUAUGUCCAAGUUCUACUUUGUGCUUAGUUUUAACAAGGGUGCAGGUGUAACCGAAUUAUCUACUAGCCGCUGGUGACACGUCCUGUUAUGUUUAUGUGACGCUGGUAGAGCCCGGUUCGCUCGCAAUGCCCCUGCACCUGCUCACACCUGUCAUUUAGCUGGCUUCUCUCCUCCUGUCUCCCGUCUGCCGCUGCCCAAUGGCUCACUGCGGUUCUUCUGAGCCGAACGUAAAGGUACAGGCACCGCAUCCGGACAGUUCCAUGCCGCCGCACGGUUGCGUAGAUCAGAACGUGAAGCCGGUGCUGUUCGAGAUCUUCGGCGAGAUAUGGACCGUCCAGUCGCAGCUUGGCCAGGGAGUCUCGGCCUCGGUGUACCGGGUCAGCUCAGGCAGAGCCACCACCGCCGCUGUCAAGGAGUUUCAGGCCGACACCCAGGGAGGAGAUUACGGGUAUCACAAGGAGAGGUCCGUGCUGGAGGACAUCCAGGGACAUAAAAACAUCGUGACACUGUAUGGGGUGUUCACCAACCACAGCUGUAUGGGUGUUGCCACCCGCUGUCUUCUGCUGGAGCUCUUGGAUGUCAGUGUGUCUGAGCUGUUGGUCAGAGGCAGCAGUGGUACCCAGGGUGGUAGACCCCAGCAGGGCCACUCCAUGUGGCUUGUUCAGCACUGUGCUAGGGAGGCUCUCACCUUUCUUCACAGGGAAGGCUAUGUUCACGCCGACCUCAAGCCACGCAACAUCCUCUGGAGUCCUGAUGACGAGUGCUUCAAGCUCAUCGACUUCGGACUCAGCUUCAAAGAGGGAAACCAGGAUGUCAAGUACAUCCAGACAGACGGGUAUCGCGCUCCGGAGGCUGAGCUUCAGAAUAGCCUCGCUCAGGCUGGAGUGGAGGUGGAGGGAGACUCGGGCUGCACAGUCGCUGUGGACCUGUGGAGCCUGGGCAUUAUCCUGUUGGAGAUGUUCUCAGGAAUCAAACUUAAAGACACCGUCCGCUCUCAGGAGUGGAAGGAUAACAGUGCUGCUAUCGUUGACCAUAUCUUUGCCAGCAACAGUCUGGUGUGCCCUGCCAUCCCUGUCUAUCACCUCAGAGACCUUAUCAAAAGCAUGCUUCUCAGUGACCCAAAGCAAAGAUGCACAGCUGAAACUGCCCUGCUGAGCCCAUUCUUCAGUAUUCCCUUUGCUCCUCACAUUGAGGACCUGGUUCUGCUGCCCUCUCCUGUUCUUCGUCUGCUCAACCUGAUUGACGACAGCCAUCUCCACAAUGAAGAAGAAUAUGAAGACAUCCUGGAGGACAUGAAAGAGGAGUGCCAGAAGUACGGCUCAGUGGUUUCUCUGCUCAUCCCCAAGGAGAACCCAGGAAAAGGACAGGUGUUUGUGGAGUAUGCCAGCUCCAGUGACUCCAAAGAAGCUCAGAGGUUGCUGACAGGUCGAACCUUUGAUGGGAAAUUUGUUGUGGCUACCUUCUACCCUCUCAGCGCUUACAAAAGAGGUUACCUGUAUCAGACUGUGCAAUGAAAGCUCAAUUUCCAUUGUUUGCAUGAAAAAAUUGUGAUGCCUGUUCAGGGCAUCACAAUGGGAGGAGUGGCUUACUCCCUAUAAGUUAUGUGUGGCCACCCUGCAGUUUAAACUGAUGCAGUUCAGUGAGUGUAGUUAAACAUUCUGCAUGCUAUCCCUGUGAACCUCUACAGUAACUCUGUGUUUCAUGCUGAGUUCAGCCUGAAUUGAGCUAUGAGGAGUGUACAGCAACACUUUGUUUCUGCUGCCUCCAGUCAGUGCACUUCCACUUAAUGCAUCAGCUGCAUCUCUUUUAUUGAAUGCCUCUUGGCAAGAGAUCUGUGGUCUGAGGAUAACAUUUCCUGUUGUAGCUUUCAAUUCACGUCAUAGAAAUGACCACACUGGCAUAGUGCGUAAUCACAACAACAAGGUUGCUAUAGCAAAAGCUUGAGACUCUGUGCUUUCCAUUACAUCUAAAUAGCAGCAUUUUUUGAAAUACACUUUAUUGAAACUAUUCUCAUUAGCUGAGUGAGGAAUAACAGUGAUCUCCUUAUACUAAUGAAUAGGAGGCUUACAGUAUGUGUCAAACCUACAAUCCUGAUCAUCCCUGUCAACUGAAGAUAUCCUGUAGUGAAACUGGUGUUCUAUCCUGGUGUUAAAUGAGUAAUAAUAAUAAUUUUUAUAUUCUUCUUGCCAGUUUAUAUUCUGGUGAACAUUAAUGGGCGGAAAUGCAUGGUACAAGGAGAUGUCCCAGAUAGUUUCUGCUGGCUCCUCAGGCACUUUUUAUGCAGAAAUAGUUUGGAGUGAGCUCCAGCUGGUAGAUCUCAUUCCCUCCCUGCCAUUAUCUGAGCAAGCCAAGGGCUCCUUGUGCCCUGCCCUGUAGCCUUAUGCUUUGUAGCUUUUUAGUUACAAAAGUCUGCAUGCUCAGAGCAUAGCUUUUAGCAUCUGUUGACUGUGCUUCCACUUUAGAGGACAUACGCUGAGUUUCGUGUUUCACCUGCAAGGCUGAAAUGGCACAUGAUCAAGUAAACAAUUUUGAGAAUGUGCUGAAAAUGAGAUUCUUGUGGCUUUUGAGGUUAGAAAAGUACUAAUUUAUAAAUAUAAGGUUUAUCUAAUCUAGUCUAUGAACAAAAGGACCUGUUGUUCCAACUAGGGUAGAAAAUGUCUCGUAUGACCUCAUAGAAUCUGAAUUAGUCCAGGGUCAAAGUGUUGAGCAGUAUAUCACUGUUCAGAGACUUGCUAAGACAAUAGCAAAUUGAGACACACAGUCAGCUAUUGCUCUGUCAUGUAGGGUAGUGUAGCAUCACUAGAAUUUUGUAGUGUUUUAUAAAAUUAUACUAAAGGCAAAUUUGUGUUUGUUUAAAAAAAUACAAUCCUGGGAGAGAUUGGUGCAAUCAGUGUGUUGCUUUCACCAAAAUGUUCAAAUCUUAUACCUAGUGGUUUUAAAGUUUGUGCAGUACUGAUGCAAAAUGAAGGGAGAGUCUGCAGUGGCUGCUCUAGACAGAUGAAGUGUAAUGUUAUUGUUAGUCUUUCAGUUAGUUUAUACAUGAACCAGAAGGCUGACAGGCAGACUACACACCCAGCAUUGUAAUAUUACUCUCCUCUCCUGGGAAUAAGUUUCACCAAGGGAUCUGUUUUUGGUAGACUCAAAAUACAAGAUGGGGGAUUGCCAGCUUCAAGAAAUGUUGCAUGACAAUGUACUGAGUUUAUGAAUCAGUUAUGUGACAGAAAUUUCAUUUUGAAACACAGUUGCCAAAAAAUGGCAUAAUUUUGCUACGUUACACUGGUUAUGUCAAGGCAGUUUUACUAAUACAGUCCAGAAAGAUGCAUGGUUAUGCUGAAUAGCAGUGACAGAGAGUCAGUAAGCCUGGCAUUUUAGCAGUGGAAUGUACUUUAGUUGUGAACAGAAAAUCCUUUUCUGUUUUGGUUUUUAUUCUCUUGGUUCCAUUUUGUAAUUACAGUGCAUAUGCAGUGUCUAUCAA